CUCUGUGUGCGGGGCGGCGGCCUCCGCUCGGUCCCCCGCCGGGCGCCAUGCGGGUGCCGCUGUCCCUCCUGGCUGUGGCGGCGCUGCUGGCGCCCCGCCGGAGCGGCUUCCCAGGGGAGCAGCCGCCCGCAGUGCCUUCACCAACGGGGGUUAUAGUAACAUCUGAAAAUUUCAAAACAGUUUUGCAUUGGCAGUACCCACCUAUGUCUGAAACUCCUCAUUUUAUUGUGGAAAUCAUGCCUUACAAUUUAGGUAACUAUACGGAAGUCUCAACCUGUGUGAACACUUCAGCUCAUUUUUGUGAUCUCGCAGAGGAAAUAUGUGACCCUUAUUCAUCUCAUUGGCUUAAAGUUAAAGCUGUUGUUGGGUCACAACAGUCUGAAUAUGUUGAGGCAAAUGAGUUUAUUUUGCAAAGGCAUGGAAAAAUAGGACCGCCAAAACUGAACAUCUCAAGACAUGGUGAUGAAAUCAUGGUUGAUAUUCACCAUCCUGUAUUCCCCCUUUCUUGUAUUGAAGACAUUUAUUCAUAUCUUGCCUACUCGGUGACUGUUCGGAAUAGUAGAAAUGAGACUGAAGAGCUCGACGAGGACAACUGUACAAUGCAUAAGUGUAGCCUCAAAAUCCCAAUUCUUCCUGAAAGUUCCACUUACUGCGUUUCAGCAAUAGCAAUUUUUGAUGAUCUGAUGUUUGGCACUCCAUCAGAGGAAAUUUGCACUCCUGUUCCUCUCAGGCAGACAUUGAGUACACAUGAUAUCAUCAUUCUGUGUGUUAUUAUUGGGAUCUUGACGGUAAUACCGACAGUGUAUUGUGGCUGCAAGAAACUAAGGAAAAACAACAUACAGCUGCCUAAGUCUUUGGUCAGUGUGAUGAGAAACCUGAACACAGGUGCCCUAAUGGGACCAAGAUCAGAGGGGAAGUACAUGUCUGUAAUAUCAGCCCACUCAGAGUUGCCAGUGAAUGGUGAAGUAACCUUACUGGAGAUAGAGCCAGAAGAACAAACUGUUAGUCCUGUGAGUUCCUGUGAUGGAGAAUCUUCUGUCCCUUCCCCAGAGGCACAAGCCAAAGCAGAAAAGGUGCCUGUGCAGGAAAGCACAGAGGAGGUCUCUUUUGAUGCUGAUGAACAGAAUUGCGAAGGAAAGGAGAGUUACUUCAUUUCUAACAGUAGCCAAAUGGGUAUUUGCAGUAAGUCUUCAGGGUCAGAGAUUGCUACCACAGAAACACAGCAAACAGUCAUUCCAAGCAGCUGCUUCAAGUUUUCUGGCUAUGACAAGCCUCAUGUUCCAUUGGAUAUGCUGAUGAUAGAUGUUGGUGAAGAGCAGCCUGUGAAUGCUUACAGGCCAACUGAGUAGCCAGGAUGAAGUGCUGAAGUGCUUAACCACAACUCAGAAAGAACAGCAUUACUAAAGCUUGUGGAAAGUCUGGGUUAAAUUGUAAACAUCUACAAGUUGUACUUGUUCUGAUCAGUGCACAAUUGAAAAUAGUACCUGAAAAUGGCAUAAGAAGUGUGGGGAAAUUUCAUAAAACCACUUUUUAAAAUGUUUUUAUAUAUGAUAUAACUCAUUAUUUCCUAUUUGGAAUAUUGCUAUGGUUUUUAACAAUACUCUAUAGAAAACAUACCAUCAACUAUAAAACAGCAGCUGUACCAUUAUUCACUUCUGCUUCAAAUCUUGUUCAAAAUUAGUUCAAUGAACAUAAUGCUUAAGAAAUACUUCACUUGGUUAUGAUAGACAUGUGCAAGAAAUGUUUGAGAGUUUUUACUAUUACUGGAGGUAUCCUCUUGCUUAUCUUCUUCUUUUGAAGAGUAUUUUUAUAUUAAGUGCUCUUAGUUCUUUUAAAUAAGAUUAUGCCUAUAAGCUCUUCCUGUAUAUCUUAGGAAUUUGAUUCCAUAUCAAAGAAGUAAGAAGUAAUGGCCAUAAACUAAGGACACAAGAAGUUCACCUCAACAUGAGGAAGAACUUCUUUGCAUUGAGGAUGGGUGCCAGAACACUGGAAGGAGCUGCUCUAGGAGAUCAUGGAGUCUCCCUCUCUGAGGACAUUCAAAACCCACCUGAACUCAUUCCUGUGUCAGCUGCUCUAGGUGACCCUGCCUUUCCAGGAGCGUGGACUGCAUGAUUUCCAGAGGUUCCUUCCAACCCUAACAAUUCUGUGAAUUUGUAGUCUUUGCUGUUAACUUCAGUACAGCAGCACCCAUUUGGAUCACCUAGUGGUGUGAAUAACCAUGUCACAUUCUGGCAGAAUAUAUUAGCAAGCUGACUGAUCAUCACUGAGAAAAAAAAGUCUAAUGGGUGGUUGCACAAAUUCUUUAGAAAAUGUCUUCAAAAUUCAAAAGCCUGGUUUCUUCUGGGACACUUCUAUCCUAAUUUUUAGAACAAUAUGUUUGUUCACUAAAUAGAAAUGAAUAGAACUUCUUCCAAGCAUGUUUUCUAGCAGGAUGAAAAUCACUGCCAUUUCCCCUGUUUUAAUAACAUAACUCAGGAACUACAUAAAAUCACCCUCUAAAAAUAUGUCUCAAUACAAUAGAAAAAUAGUGUGGUUAAGUUGUACUUCAUAAGUUUUAUUUUCAUCUGCCAGCCUUCUGAAUUUUGUGUCAUAGAGUUGUAGUUGUGAAAACUGAGGAAUAAGAAUUUUAUAUUUUUAUAUAUUUUUUUCAUAUUGAAAACCAUGCAAUCCAUUUAUUUCCCUUUAAUCAAGAUUUGAUAGGUAUUUUCUAUUUGUAGGAAAUGUUUAUAGCAAUUAUUAAUAAAGUUUAGUUCAGGAAAAAAGAACAUUUUACGGGUACAAGUUGGUCCAUUUACACAAAAUUGUGGGUUUGUUUUAAAAGACAUUUCUGUAGGAUGAUCAGAAUUGUUAGCCUGUUACAGCAGAUAGUUUUAAAGGAAAACCAGUGUCACAGUACUUCUGUCCUUACAUUUCUCAGUGACAUCAGUAUUCUUAAGGUGAAGGUUGUUUACACAGCUGUUUCAGGAGUGCUUCUGUUCUUGUCCAUAUCAGACAUUGACCACAUGGUACAAAAGAUUUAAAGACAAUAGCUGUUUUUCCCAUCACUACUCACAGGAAGGGUAACAGAUGGGUUACCAGGGUUUUGAUCAUUUUAGGAAAAGCCAAAUCAAGCAGGUGAAUUUUGUAGUUAUGAUGUCACAGAAAGCCCAGUUAGUAAUUGUUAGCUGUCUAUGAUUUGUUUCUGCAUUAUAUUCAAACAUAAUGAGACCCCCUAGCAACUUUUUCAAUGUCAUGUUCUGGGUUGAGUUCCCAGAAGGCAGUGCUUAGUAACUUACUGCUCAGAUGCACUAGUGUGUAGGUCUCCCCAUGGCAGAGGUA